AUGGCUGCAAAGGUGGUGUCGACGGUCGUCCGCCUCGGCGAUAUAUCGUACUACAUGCACCCUUUGGCCCCUUCUGUUUACCGGCUGUACCCAGAUACUGCAGAUGCUUUUAUAGUCUCUACCGUUCCAGAUGAUGGCGAUGGCUUUCGAUCUCUAGAUGUUUCCGCGUACGGAGAACAGUUUCCAUCCGCUCUCACUGUCGCCGUACCCUCUCGACUAUACUAUACCAAAUCAACGGAGAAGCCGUAUGCUGGUCUUCGCGUAGCAAUAAAAGACAUUAUAGAUUUGAAAGGGCUCAAGACGGGAGCUUCUUCGCGGGCGUACACGGAGCUCUAUCCGGCCAAAGAAGAAAGCGCAGAAAUAGUCCAGCGGCUUAUCAAAUUGGGCUUUGUGAUUGUUGGAAAGCUAAAGACUACACAAUUUGCAGAUUCGGAAUGGCCAACCAGAGACUGGGUCGACUACCAUGGACCUUGGAAUCCGCGUGGAGACGGCUAUCUCACGCCCAGCGGAAGCAGUGCUGGCAGCGCUUCCGCUGUUUCUACGUAUACGUGGCUUGAUGUGUCCUUGGGCACAGAUACUUUGGGGAGCAUCAGAUCACCUUCAGCAGCUCAGGGAAUUUUCGGAAUGAGGCCCACUCUUGGGGCCGCAAACACCACAGGUGUAGUCCCAUACAGCUCCAACUGGGACACGGUUGGUGGAUUUGCCCGCACGGCAGCGGAAUUCAAGACUCUCGCACAAGCACUAUACGGCUCAGCAGAGACCGAAGGAAAAGUUUACGAGAAGCCAAAUAAGUUAAUCUGCUUGGCCGACUACUGGCCAGUUGAGCAUGAAGAAAGCCAGCGAGUCAUGGAAAAUUUUAUCAAGCGCGUUGAAAGCUUUCUAGGAGUAAAUCGUACGAAUAUCAAUCUCGCAGACACAUGGACUCGAACUCGUCCAGAAGGGACAGAUGAAUCCAUCAGCAAGUAUUUUCAUCACGCCUUCGACUGGUCUGCCAACCGUGAUCAGUGGACAGGACUUCUUCAGCCUUUCAUCAAAGAAUACACGCAUAAGAUGGGCAAACCACCCGUCCUCAAUCCACAGGUUCGAUUUAAAGUGGAUGGCUACUCUAGCAGUAUCAUCGUUCUCCCCUGGACGGAUGGCCAGCCUGUCUACAGAGAUGAGUAUAAGAGCGGGCCACAAGAGUUUACAGGCCAGGGUUUCUUUUUUUACAACGUAGGCCCUUAUGCUCAAUGUCCGGAGCUCAUUUUUCCUGUCGGUACCACGCCAUACACCUCGAAGUUCACGCAAAGGAUCGAACAGCUUCCUGCCGCUGUUGGAUUCAUAGCUGCUAAAGGUAGCGACAUCAUGCUGGCUGAUUUCGUCAGUAAACUCUUUGAGGAUUCAUAUACUGUCAUUGAAGCGGAGCAAGAUCAAGCCCCUCUUACUUAG